CGGAAAGCCACAACGGGAGGGAUUUUGUUUUGAGUUGAGGGAGGAGCAGAGCGAAAGGGUUGUGAACAGAAGCGUAUUGUUGAAGUGCUGAAUAUAGUUGAAUUGUUGCUGAAAGGUAAUUCUUUAAUUUGAGGUAUUUUUGGAAUAAAAAAGUUUAGGUCUAAUGUUCGAGAAUGGACAUCACGUAUUUAUGGAGUGUUUUAUUCAUGGUGCAUACUCAAAUUAAGCCAGGAAUAUCCCAAGUUCAGCUUCAUACGAACGGCGCUAUAACGGCGGUUCUUGGGAACAACUCGUGUCUGCUAGCAUGCACAUACAGUGGCUUGACACCCUCACAGAUACAAGGACUUACGCUGAAGCUGCAAAAAGAUAGUUUGUGGAUAAUGGAAUUGUCACCUAUAUACAAAGGAGAGAUUACACAUAUAACGUCAACGUUUUCUGGACGAAUAUCGGUCGACAGAUUCACGGCAGACAAUCCAACAACAACAAUCACUUUUCAGUAUACUGAAUGCGAGGAUGAGGGUACUUAUACAUGGGAAGGGUCAUACUUCGAUAGUAGAUCAGGAGCAAUGACCGUAACACAAACGCAAGACAUCAUAGUAAAAGCCUUUCCAGUAUUUGGUCAAGCUGAUUCGCAGUUUUCUUUUACACCAAACACAAAUCUUGCUGUGGGUGACAAAGUGACCUUCACAUGUAGCGGUGAUGUCGGCAACAACCCAGUUGGUGUCAUUGCCUGGUUCUCCUACAGAAAUGGAGAAAUUGUACCGGUUGAUGAAUCUUCUAACGCAAUUUCGACGGCCCCCCAGGUGUCUAGGCUUUGUAGUAGAUCAAGGGCGUCUUCGUUAGAACUAACACUAACAAGGGAAAUGGACAAAAUGGUUGUUCGUUGUACAGUACAGCAAGACAAAAGAACUCAGGCAGGUGAUGGCCAUAUACAAACAGAUACUGCGACAUCAGUGAUGUAUAAACCAGUCAUCCGAUCGAUAAUAGGAUAUCCAUACAAACAGUUGUACAUAGAGGGACUAGAACACCUAACAUUGAUAUGCAAUGCCGAGGGAAAUCCGCCACCUAGUUACUACUGGAUGUUCGAUUACUCAAACAUAGCUGGAUGUCGGUCACUUGUUCUGGAUAAUUUAACAGCGGCGCAAGGAGGAGCUUAUAUUUGUGUUGCUUACAACUUUAUCAAUGGAGCUAUAAACAACGUUAAUGCCAGCACUUAUAUCGUCAUACAGAAGACUACAUCAACAAGUGUUGAUACAACCAUGAGUUAUUCUACAACUUCGCAUACUGAAGAAGAAGGUACAACGUCUGACUCUCGACCAGACUUCAGUGUGGGGAUGAUAGUUGGUGUAAUUGUCGGAGCUUUUGCUGUUGGGGCAGUCGGUAUUUCCCUUAUGCUUGUCAGACGAUGUUAUAAACGUCGUAAAGUUUUGAUUGCAGUUCCAGAAAAACCGACGUACACAAAUACUGAACUCAACACUAGGUCUGAAGAUUUCACAGCCAUUGCUGAAAUAAAUAACUAUGACCAAGUGAACAUUGACAGAAAUGAUCCGCAAUAUCAGUCUUUACAUCAAAAUCCUCAAUUAGUGAACCAAAUCAGGGCAACAGAAAGCGAUUACACUGCUUUAGACGCAAGAAGCCAUGAAAAUUCCGUAUCAAUGGCCACGGAUGUACCAACUGAUGACAGAGUGCCGAUGGAACUCCCAACAACUUCCGACAAUUUCACUCAGGACACUGUAUCUGAGGAAGCCCUACACCACUAUCAGUCCUUGCAACGCGACCCCAGUGCCUGUGAAACUGGUUAUUCAGAGUUAGAGGUCACCAGCGCUUGAGGCAUAAGGAGUGAGCUGAGGAAUUGAAGAGUAUCAAUGACAUUUAAGACAAUUGAAUAACAGAUUACCAUUAAUAAUAUGAACAAAACGUGGUAUUAGUACUUUGUCGAAGCUUGGAAACAGUAAUACGGUGUAGAAAUUGAGGUGCCCCCAUCUGCCCAUAGGGGUUUUACAGUCACUGAUGGAAGCGACAAUUCGGGAAUACAUUUUGAAAUUCGCUCAUUAUUGACGUGUACAAAAAGAGGUUAUGGCGUUCAGAAAAAAGAACGACGACUUUAAAAUGGAUAUUAAAAACAAUUUUCUUGUUUGAAAGGGUCGUAGUAUAAAUUUGUCUGAGGUUUUGGUAAGAAUACAGUGUAGACAGUAAAGCAAUACUAUAUUUUGAAGAAAACACUUAUAUGUUAUACCGUACGAACGGUUUUCCCUAUUUUAAUAACUAAAUGCAGUGAAAUACAAUUUUAAUAAUAUAAAAGAAGAAAAUGUUUUCCCAUUGGAAUUAAUCCCCAAAUUGACAUUUUGAAAAUAAAUAUUCCGCGUUGGCUCCCCUUUGGAAUGUCAUAUUCCUAUGGCGAAUGGGAACGCCGUCUUUGGAUAAGUUGUAUAUACAACUUUUCAUACAUUUAGAAAGUUUCUAUUACGUGUGGUAUUUAUGUUGUAUUCAACAGAACAUUUGUUGAUAUUGUUGUUGUUAUUGUUUAUUUAAGGAAUAAAUUGCGGUAUUGACCUCAUGUUCGGUGUAUGAUCGCAAUUGGGCUGGUUAAAGUGUGUGGAAUCCAAAGGACUCCACGCGUACUUUGACUAGCCCAAAUGCGUUCAUAUCCCAAAAAAAUGGUAUCAGUCCCGCAAUCCAUUAGUUAUAUCUACACCAACAGUUGAUUAUUACAUUCAAGAAUUGUUAAAAAAUUACUUCAUUUCGUUUAAGAAAACCUGAUAUUAAUCCUUGUCAUCCAUUCUGUAUAUAGAACGACUAGAAUGUAACUGGAAACAUGUUAUCAAAUGACGUCAGAAUAACGCGGGAAAAGAUCAACCACUUCAAAACGUAGCAUUGAAACACAAUUGCCAACAAAAUAAAUGAACAUAUCAUAAAUUAACACUUCGUAAAAUGUUGGAUUUAUUUUUUCGGGACCUGUGGACUCAAUAUCAAUACAAACAAUACCAAGAUCAAUAUUUUUCAUGCUUAUUGUUAUGCGAUGAUUCGUGAUCCGAAUAUAUCCGAAGAUGUUGCGUUCAUCGGAUGAUAACCGCAAUUGCCGAAAAGCAGUUCAUUUAAGGAAUGGAAGUUGAGGUGUAAAUAUUUGUUUAUGUGAUAUAAGUGCAACACCUACGGUCAAUAUAUGUUCCUUUUCUCAAGCAGUUCCGAACAUUCUCCGGAUCGUUGAUAUCGUUGAUAUUAUUUGUGUAUAUGUGAUUGUACAUCUUUAUAAUUUUUUGACUGCGAUACAUCGUUUACAUUUUGUCACAAAUAAAAUAA